AUUGGACUUGCAACAAUAACGUUUGCUGUUAUAUUCGAUAUACGUAAUGUGUAUGAUACCGCUCAAGUUAAUUUGAUGUUAUCCAUUGAGGUGGCUGGAGCUACAUUUACAACUAUUUUAUUAUUAUUCAAAGUACGUAAAUCAUGUUAUAUAAUAAAUCGUAUUACAGCCAUAAUUGUGACUCUAGAAAGAUAUAUGAAAAAUGAUUUUUUUCCCUUAAAAUUCUAAUAAAAAAAAUUGUAUGUAGUGAAUGGAAAUCCUCGGAAACGUGUCAAACAAAAAAAUGUUUUGAGAUCAAUAUUUAACUAUUUCGGUUCUUCCAAUCACUGCCCAAUGAUUUUUUUUCAACGCCUAUUUGGGUUAAAAUUAUUUACCUCAGGCUGUGCUUCAUUUCUCAUGUCUGAUUUUCCUUUUGAUUUCGGUUGUUGCAUUGGUUUGAAUGUCUUACGAAAAUGAUAGUUAAUAGCUUGGAAGUUUGUUAAAAAUAAAAAUUGAGUUUAAAAUUUGCAAGUAUCAUUCAUAUAUAUGUAUUAGGGAUAUCGUAUAUUGCUGCAUCGAACGGAGCUUUACCACAUAUUGAAAGUUUGCUACCAUCGAUGGAUUGUCCAAACAUCACGGGAUGCCAUAACAGAGAGUGCCAUAGAACAUGCAAAAAAUGCACGGCUGCUCCGGAUAUGUUAUGCCCUAGCCAUCGUUGGGACUCUUGGAUCUUACAACUUGCGUCCUUAUAUGUAAAUUCACUUAUGUCAUGGUACCGAGUCAUCAGUGGUAUGAAAUUUGACAUUUGAUUUCAGACUUUACCUCAAAUUUCGUGUUUCUGAGACGAAUGAUUCCUUCGAUUUUUCGCAAACUGUUUAUCCGGCUCAUUAUCCUUUCAUGUUAAAUUCAUUUCCGCAGUAUUUCUUGUGUGUCGCUUGGGAGCACAUGGGCUUAUAUUUCUUCGCUCUCUGGUGGAUAUCAGCGGACUGUCUUUUUGCACAAUUUUCCACAUAUUUUGCGAUUGAAUUCAAAAUACUCGCAACGGACAUUCGUUGCAUCGAUUCAACUAGCAGAUCUGCAAGUCCAGUAAAUACAGCGAAAAUCGUGAAAGAAUUGAAGAGAAUUAUUCGCGAGCAUGUUAAAUUAUUUUCAUAUGUUCAUGCGAUAGAAGACUGGUAUAAUCCAAUAAUUUUCGCUACUAUAUUAAUUAAUGGGCUCAACUUGUGCAGCCUUCUGUAUAGUCUUCAAUAUAGAAUUGCAGAAAAUAAUUGGAAGGACGCCAUAAAAAAUGCGACUCAUAUAACUGCCAUAAUUAUGCAAACUCUUCUUUUUUGUUCAUAUGCUCAGCGUUUAAGUGAUGAGGUUAAUGGAUUCCGCCAAGCGGUUUACGGAUGUUCAUGGAUAAACUUUAAUGCACCAACGAAGACCCUAAUCCUUCUUCUAAUGGUCUACACAGAGCGUGAAUACACAUUCUCAGCGUACAGAUUGUUUUAUUUAAAUAUGCGUCAAGUCACUACGAUAUUCAGUACUGCAAUGCGAUUUUUCACAAUAUUACGCAAUCUCACCUAAAUAACAUGUAUGAGCUAUUUUAGAAAAAUUUCGCAAGUAAUAUACAUAUAUCCUUGUAGUCUAUAAUCUAAUAAAUAAACUGGUUGGGGUAAAA